GCCGGGCACGGGCCGGGCUGGCCGUGACACCCGCGCCCGCACAGCUUCACUGACAGCACGCUCGGAUUACAGCGCUGCCCCCCCAGUGCGGUGCUUUUGGCUGAGGCGGGGUUAAUUUUCUUCACAGUGCCGUGCGUGGAGGGCAGCGCAAUGGCUGUCACGGUAAAAGAAUGCCUGGAGCUCCAGCUGCUGGAAGUGGAAAUGCUCCUUUCGAUGUUUCCCAAAAGAGGGGAAUUCAGCCUGGAUGCGGAUGCCGUGCCCAGCAUCCAGCGCUACUUGAGGAAUGCUGAGGGAGCCCUGCCCCCCCAGCUGGAAUAUCGCAUCGCUCUCCAUGUAGGGGAGGCGAAGGUAAAGGUGGAAUUGCAGGUUCUCCUUCCUCAUAUGUACCCUCAAGUGGCUCCUCAGCUCUUUGCCAGAUCAGAUGCUCUGCACAGACAGCAACAGUUGCAGCUCAAUACUGGUCUGGCAUCUCACAUCAGCUCCCUGGAUUCAGGAGAUCUGUGUGUAUGUGAGGCUGUGCAGUGGGUGAAGGACAACAGCCUGCCUUUCUUGGAAAACAGUAAGGCCUCAUCUGAGUGUGCUUCUAAAGAAGCCGGGGCUAAGGAAAUGCUGCAUCGCAUGUGGAUCUACAGCCAUCACAUAUACAGGCAGGAACUGAGGAAAAAGAUUUUUGACUGUGCAAAGAAGUUAAAUCUGACUGGCUUCUGCCUAACUGGGAAACCUGGUGUCAUCUGUGUGGAGGGACUCCAAGAAAGCUGUGACGAGUUCUGGCGUGUUAUUAGAUAUCCCAACUGGAAGCAUAUUUCAUGUAAGCAUGUGGAGAAUGUAGAAACGGAGGGAAGCAUUGAUAAACUUCGUCUCUUUCACAGUUUUGAAGACCUGCAGUUUCAGGCACAUGGCGAUUAUGGCCUGAGGAAUGACUAUCACAUGGAUCUUGGCCAGUUUCUAGAAUUCCUGAAACAGCAUCAAAGUGGACACAUUUUCCAGAUUUUAUUUGGUGUUGAAGGCAAACUUUCAGACAAUUGAGAAAAACUGUUUAUAAAGAGUUCUAAUUCUGGAGAGCAAGAGGUGUUGCUAACACUGACAUAUUUUGCCUUACAGCUACUGUGUAAAGGGAAGCUUUAACAUCUAAGCUGAAUGGUUUAAGUAGUUAAUCUCAGCUUUCGUGCUGAACUGCCAUGUAUUUUUGAGAUGUGUUCACUGAUUUUUUAAGACUCUAAAAUCAGUAUUUGUCUCUGUGAGCCAUGCCUCAAAGCACUCACAAGGUGAUAAACAUUCCAGUGUGUUAGGAAUUACACAGUCUCCUCAUCUGUACUGUGCUAUGUGAGUUGCUUCCCAUCUCACCUAAACCUACUCUCUUUCAGUUUAAAACAUUCUCCCCUUGUCCUGUCGCUACAUGCGCUUGUAAAAAAAUCCCUUUCCAGCCUUCUUGAAGGCUCCCAUCAGCUACUGAAAAGUGGUUACCUUGCCAAAGCCUUCUCUUCUCCAGGCUGAACAAUCCCAAUUCUCUCAGCCAGUUGUCAUAGGAGAGGUGCUUCAGCCUUCUGAUCAUUUUUUGUGGCCCUCCUCUGGACUUCCAUGUUCCUUUUAUGUUCAUGUUCCAGAGCUGGAUGCAAAGGUCUCACAAAAGGGGAGUAGAGGAUGAGAAUGACCUCCCCUCAGCCUGCUGGUCAUGCUGCUUUUGAUGCAGCCUAGGAUACAGUCGGCUUUCUUGGCUUCAGGUGCACAUCACUGGCUCAUGUUGAGCUUUUUGUCUACCACUGCCAAGUCCCUCUCCUCAGGGUUGCUCUCAGUCCAUUCCUCACCCAGUCUAUGUGCUUGGGAUUGCUCCGACCCAGGGGCAGGACCUUGCACUCGGCCUUGAACACCACAAGGCUUGCACAGACCCACCUCUCCAGGUCCCUCUGGAUAACAUCCCUUCCCUCCAGUGUGCAGACUGCUCCACCUAACUUGGUGUCAUCAGCAAACUUGCUGAGGGUGCAUUUGGUCCCACUGUCCGUGUCACCGAUGACAACGUUAAUACCAGCGCAUGAGGAGUGUCACUCUCACUGGUCUCCACUUGGACAUCGAGCUGUUUACUGCAACUCUUUGCAGCCAACUGUCCUUACCCCCACAGUGGUUCAUCCAUCACAUCCAUGUCUCUUCAAUUUAGAGACAAGGAUGUCAUGUGGCCAAGUGUCUGUCUGGUUAACAAUUUUCCAUCUGUUCAAUUCAUGGCAUUUUAUGUUUACACUGUUAGGCCAAACACCUUGGAAACAAAAAUGGGACAGAUGAGACAAAGUUUAGCUUCCCCCCCCCUACAUUACAUAAGGAAAUACAGGUAAAAUACGGAAAAUAUGAAAACCCCCCUAUACACAUAUAUAUAUAUUUAUACAUUUAUUUACAUAAAAAUACAACUAACUUGAAGAAUCCUUUCUACGUCAAAUUAGUAUGGAGAGAAUUUUCUAGCUUGUUAAGAGGCAAUGCUGUAAAUUAAGGCAGCGUUUGCCUGCCGGGAAGUGUGCUGAGCAUGGAUGUGGAUAGUGAGUGUUCCAGUUUGCAGUGCAUGAUCAUAUUUAAUGGCCAUCAAUAUAAUAUGUAGUUGAAGAACACUACUGAAAAGUCCCCAGCAGCUGUGCUUUAAAGGACCACCAGCCCACCACCUCCCACUCUGUGCCUGCGUGCCGUAAUGUGAAAAUGGGUACCAAGCAAUAAAAGCAGACUCACUGCUGGCUGCAGAGGUCUGGCUGAUCGACUCCAACACCCAGGCACUCAACAGCAGCUGUUCAAAGCUGCUGUGUUUCAGCAGACGUAGCUGAUGACAUACAUAACAGAUAUUUUUUUAUUUCAAAUGAAACACAAGGAAAUGCUUUAAUACCCUUCUCACAAUAGCAACACUUUGAAAUGCAGAGGAUGGCAUUGAAAUGCAGAGUGUUUCUCUGCAUUAGUCAGAAUAUGACUAAUGUCUUUUCCUUCACUGCGGAAAGUGUACUGUUGGUGUGAUCAUAACUUCUGCCUAAAGCAGUGAGGCAAAAACGUUAACGUGUUCCCAUUAGACAGUGAGGGAGAAAGUACCUCUCUUUGAAUUUGGGAGCUGUAAUCUGCAGCUGUGACAGAGCUAGACAGAUAAAAUUAAUAUUUGGUUUUCUAGAGAUAAUCUCUCUAAUAAGGAUUUGAGAGAAACAUUGUAGAAAAAAUGUUCAAGUAACCUUUGUUUCCAGAACCAUCCACAAAAUACAUUACAUUUUUCUUGGAGUGGUAAUUGUUUUAACAACUCAAAGUCUAUUCCUGGCAUUUUGUUACUCCCUUUUUGUCAAGAACAUGGAGUUCAAGAAAUUAGGCCAAACAUUUGCAAUGGAUCAGAACAGUGGUUAUCUUGGCGGAGAUUGAAAUCCUUGAUCUUAUACAGGACAUUACCUGAGCUUGUGUUAAAUUUUGGUAAUGUUAAAUGUUAUUGUUAGUUAAGUUAAAAUGUUCUAAUUGAAUGCGAACAAAAGUUUCUUCAGGUUUGGUUCUUUUAGGAAAUUUUCAUUUUGUAACUUCACACAAGAGUGACCAGUAAGGAAUUUUCUCUGGAAUAAAAUAUUCUAACCUUACGGUUGUUUGAAGUUUGGGGUUUUUUUUUAAUUAAGAAGUUCACAAAUUAUGCACCGUGACUGUAACGGAUAAAACAUCAAAUGCAUUUUUAAGUGUCCAUUUAUCUGCUUUUGUGACAAAACUCUUGAUUAAAGAUACAACCACUUUUUUCAAAAAGAUCUGUCAAACUGUA